CUAUUUAGUUAGACAGCAGAGUUACCAAGAAGAGAGCUGGAAACACCUGAUGGUAUCUUUGGGACAAUCCGCUCCAUAUUUCUGCCCUCUUACUGUCGCAAGUUUAAUCUACCUCCAGGCUUCUUCACUGUCGAGUUUUUGUUUUGUUUUCUCCUCUGAAAGACUUUAGAGCCAGCUGAUCUCUCCCUUUCUUUCUAUCUCUCUUCAUCCAAAGUAUUAUCGAUAAGGAGACAUUGCACUACUAUUAUUUUUUAUAGUUUCUAUUUAUUGUAUUUUUGCACUAACGAUGCACACCACGCAAAAGGACACGACCUAUACCAAGAUUUUUGUUGGGGGUCUUCCCUACCACACCACGGAUUCCAGUCUCAGGAAAUAUUUUGAAGUUUUUGGUGAGAUUGAAGAAGCGGUGGUCAUUACCGACAGGCAGACCGGCAAGUCCAGAGGUUACGGAUUUGUGACGAUGGCAGACCGUGCAGCCGCAGAUCGGGCCUGUAAGGACCCCAACCCGAUCAUCGAUGGCAGGAAGGCCAAUGUCAACCUGGCAUACCUGGGUGCCAAGCCUCGGGUGAUGCAACCAGGUUUUACCUUUGGUGUUCCCCAGAUUCACCCUGCAUUCAUCCAAAGGCCUUAUGGGAUCCCGGCCCACUAUGUGUACCCUCAGGCCUUCGUUCAGCCUAGCGUGGUCAUCCCGCAUGUGCAGCCUGCAGCUGCUGCACCUCCCACUGCCUCCUCCCCCUACAUCGACUACACCGGAGCCGCAUAUGCACAGUAUUCUGCUGCUGCAGCCAGCGCUGCCGCUGCUGCUUACGAGCAGUACCCUUACACCGCCUCCCCUGCAGCCACAGGCUACGUGGCCACUGCCGGAUAUGGCUAUGCUGUCCAGCAACCUUUAGCCACCACUGCCCCGGGUUCAGCUGCUGCUGCAGCCGCAGCCUUCGGCCAGUACCAGCCUCAGCAGUUGCAAGCUGACCGCAUGCAAUAGCAGGUCCUGCAAGCAUUGGACAUGCAGAGCAAGGAGGCCCACCCCGACUACAGCUGAUUUGUUAAUUCUGGAGGUGAAAAAAACAAAAAACAGAGGGAUUGGCCUUAAGGGUGUGGCAUGUCAACAAGUCAGAAGCAGAGUUGCUUUAAAAGGUGAUGAUGAUGGUGAUGAUGGUAGUGAUGAUGAUGAUGAUGAUGGUGAGGUGGGAACUUUUUACAGUAACUUUCCAACUUGCUGUGCUUCAACCAAAAAACAAAAAACAAGAAACAAACAAACAAAAAAAAAACAGAAAAUGAAAAAAAAAAAAAGCCGCAGAACAAAUAAUGAAAAUGGUUUUCUAUUAUUAUUAUUAUUAUUGUUGUUAUUACUAUGAUUAUUAUUAUCAUUACUAUUAUCAUUGUAGUAGAGUACUUAUCUUUAGAGUAAAAAGAUCCAGGAACUAAUCCCUGUGGUUGGUAUAGGUCCUAUUGCUGUCUUUAACGUUAGUUUAGGAAAAUGCUCUUUUUUGCCCCUCUUGUUCGGUUAUUUAAUGCCCUCAUAACAUUUAUAUUUAUUAUUUGUUAUUAUUAAACAUUGAGGGCUCUGCUAGUUCUUUUUGUCUUUUCAAAUGCAUUUUUGAAGUUAAUAUUUUCUGAUAAUCAGGGAAAUGGAACUGUUUCCACUGUGUUAGCUAUUAUUUUAUGUGACCUCUGUCGGGAAGUCGAGGAGUAACUUGCCAUGUCACAAACAUUUGAAGAACUACCUUAUUAUCUUCCUGAUGCUGAAUGUCCCUUUUUUUUUUUACUCUGUGUCUCGACCUCUUGACCUAUGCAAAGCAAACAAAUCACCAUCAGACAAAAAGAAGAAAAAAACAAAACAAAGAACAGAAACUGAAAAUGUCAUCAACUCUGACUUGACUCUUGGACUAAAGGGGGACUUGGCAAACAAAACAAAGGCACUGACAAAAGGAGAGAGACUGAAAACGGCUUCGGACAAUGAGAAACACUAAAUCUGUUGCUUUUCCGCGGUUCGCUCACAUGUAAACUGACACAUACAUCCAGAGUUGCACACAUAGCAGUCAAAGACAAAGGCAGCGCAGUCGUGUUUCUCUCUGACUUUGCGGGGGAGAGAAAGGAAAAAGAGGGAGAAACAGGGAGAGCAGCAGCUGGUGGUGGUGGUGGGGUCGACAGAGCCCGCUCCAGCGCCACACAGACGGAUCACUCUGGAAAGAACGCAUCACUUGUGCUCGUUUGUUGAGUUGUCACAUUUUAAUCCCUGGCCGAGCCAUUUGGGAACCAACUUUACCCCAUCCCACACACACUCACACACAGCACCGAGCCCCACAGCAGAGCCCCCCACCACGGUCAAUCAGCACUGCCACUGUCAGCAUUUCCACCUCUGUGCUGCUUUAGUCAGGUACGCACUCACAAACACUUUCACCAAAGCCACCCCGACAACUGGCCUGCCUCAUGUCUGUCAAGAACACCAGGUGGGGUGGAGAGGAUGUGGGUUAAC